AACAAGGCUUCUUCGGAAGUCUCACCUUAUAGCCAUAUUGUUUAUGCUACUUAUCAUGUUGACAAAAUCAGAUGAUGUUGUUGAUAAUGUGCUUGAGGAAGAGGAAGAAGAUAUCAUAGAUCCACAUCCGAAUCCCAGAUCUAUCAAGACCUCUACUUUCAAAUCAAUUGCUCCUCUUAAGGAUGUUAUGUGGUGAGGUCCAAACUCUGAGAUAAUGCUUGUGCAUACAAUUAGUGGAUAUGUGUACAGAAGUCAAGAUGAUGGAGAUACUUGGGAGUAUAAACACAGUGAUAAGUCUCAUAUGCAGGAGAACAAAAUUCCAUCACCUCACAAAAUAAUCAUCUUGCUUCCAUCUCCAGCAGAUCUCAAUAUUGUUUUCUUCAUAGGUUACAAAGGAAUGAAUUGGGUCAGCGAAGAUUGUGGAGCAACUAUCAAGCCGCUGAAUGGGGAGAAAAAGAUAACUAAUUUCAAGUUUCAUCCUACUCAGAGAGAAUGGGCCCUUGCUUCAAUUUAUUCAGCUUGUGAUGAGUUUGAAGACGAUGAAUGAAACUCAGUAGAGGAGCUAUAUCUCACUACUGACCUCGGUAAGUCCUGGCGCAAGCUACAAGACAGAAUCAUUCAGUAUGAAUGGGGAAUGCAGACCGUAGAUGAUCCAGAAACUCACGAGAAGCAAAUCAUUGCAGUAAAAGCUUCUAAAAACAGUGAUGUUGAUAAUCUUGUAUGGAACUCUAUGAACAAAAUCAUAGUGUCAAAUGACUUCUUUAAAUCUUCUUCAGUUCUCUUGAAAGGUGGAAACUACUUUAAGCUGACUAAAGACUAUUUGUAUGCUGGAAAAGUGACUAAAAAGGGAAAGAAAGUUCUUACAAGAUCUGUUAAAAAGUAUGGGUACAGCACUUUUUAUGAUAUGAAAAUCUCUGCUAAAAAUGUGCACCAAUUUGAUUUUUCAGUCAUAGAGAGUAUCACAGGUGCUGUAUUUCUCUUUGUCACUAGGCCUGGAAAGAAAUUACAUUCCGGUAAUGUCUAUCUUUCUGAUGCAAAGGGAACAGGAUUUUCACUGAAUCUAGAGAAGGUCCCAUUCCAAAGCUCAUAUGAGUUCGAUUUUCUGGAAAUGGAGUCACUUGAAGGAGUCAUUAUCGCAAACUCUUAUGAUAAUAACCUAAAAGAUAGCUUAGUAGAAUCUCAAACAGGAAAGAAGUCUAAAACAGUCAACAGAGAUAUCAACUCUGGUAUGAAAAGGAAGUCAUAUAUCACAUUCAACAGAGGAGGAAAAUGGCAGAGCUUAACUCCUCCUCAAUAUUCCUCAACUGGAAAAAGAAUAAUAUGCAGACUUGAUGAUGGAUGUUCUCUCCAUUUGCAUUCAUUAACCAGUUCCAAAUAUCCUUACCCAUAUAGUUUAUCUAAUGCUGCUGGAAUCAUAGUUGGAAUCGGUAAUGUUGGAAAGUACCUAAAGUACGAAGACAAGAAAUUGAACACCUAUAUCUCAAGAGAUGGAGGUCUCACUUGGAUUGAAGUCAUCAAGGGACCACAUAUUGUCGAAUUCGGUGAUCAUGGAGGCCUUAUCCUCUUAGCUCCUUUGUAUAAACUUACUGACUAUAUUCUCUACACCUGGAACUAUGGAGAAACUUGGGAAGCAAUUAAACUACCAAACAAAAUGCAGGUCGAUAAUAUUGUAAUUGAGCCAACCAGCACAUCUUCUAAAUUUAUCGUAUUUGGUGAGCCAAAUGAUGAAGGAAUUGGAAUAAUUGUCUCUAUGGAUUUUAACGAGUUACAUGAAAACCAAUGCAAAGGAGAACAAACUCCUGACCAAGAAGGAUCAGAUUAUGAGUAUUGGUCGCCCAAUGAUGGAAGGCAUGGAACACCAUGUUUCCUAGGCAGAAAAAUUUCCUAUGUUAGACGUAAGAAGAACUCUCCAUGCUUCAAUGGUCAAGACUACGAGACACAGCAGUUCAUAGAAAACUGAGAAUGCACCAGAUUAGAUUUUGAAUGCGAUAAUGGAUUUAAGAGCUUGCCUAACAAAGAACAAUGUGUUCCUAUAAAUAACCAUACUGUAGAACCAACUAUUCCUGAAGACUGUGAAAACUUUUAUACCAUCACAACAGGUUACAGGAAGAUCCCAGGGGAUACAUGAGAAGGAGGAGAGACUUACAGCCCUACAAGAGUUAUGUGCCCUAAGAAAUGGGGAUUCUUCUCUGUCAGAUCCCUUAUGAUCCAACUCAGUCUGCUUGUUGGCGGAUAUUUCUUCGCUAAAUAUCUAAAUGAACAUGGAUUCCCUACCAUGGAAGAUAUUACCUCAUUGGUUAAGAGGAAACCAAUAAAAGAGGACAGAGAAGAAUUUGACUAUAAUAUUGGCUAUCAGAACAGUGACUCUGAAGAAGAAACCAAAAACGAACCCCAGCUUCAUUUAGAACAAGAAGAUGAAGAAUAUCCUGAAUACCUCGGACUUAAUAGAAGGAAAUAUGAUUAAAUAUUUCAACCCUUCAU